CCUUCGCCAAACUUCAGACGAAAGAACUACUGAGAGAAAAGGACAUCAACCUAGAAGGUGAUAUAGCCACACGGUCGUACCUGUGCGUUGGAAAGAACAACUUCGUCCGACCUGACGACCAAGUAACGGACAAGUGUUCUGGCCACUGGUAUCGGUGUUGCGUCCAUACCAAGAUCGCCGGCCUGCUAGCGACCGUUCGAGGUGCGCCUUCCUCGUACUCCUCUCGUCGCGUGCCGGUCAACAGAAGACCCUACCAAAUCUACGGACCCUGCCCCAGUUCCAAAAAAGCAACGAAAGCAAAGAUGGGACAAAUGAUAGGCAGGUGUGUAGCUACAGAAGACAUGCAUCAAGGAGACCUGAUUGAGAUUCCGCGCCUUCACAUCGGACCCUGGAGCUUCUACUCACACUGGACCGUCUAUAUAGGUAACAAACUUGUUAUUCACAAAGGUCACAUCACUAACGGGAAAAAAGGGAGUGAAGUGAGAAUACAAUCCCUGCACAAAUUUGCUGGAAAAGGCAAAAUUGUAAAAAAUAACUCACUGGAUAAAAAAAUGAGACCAUUCCAUCCGGAAACAAUCCUGACAAGAGCAUUGUCAAAGAUAGGCGACGACAGCUACAACAUCUUCACCAACAACUGCGAACAUUUUGCCACUUGGUGUCGCUAUGGGAUUCCAGUCAGUGAGCAAGUGAUUACUUGUAUACGAUAUUGCAAAUAUAGUGCUGUUUGUAUAAUAUCGCUUAUUCUGUUUAGGCAGAUGUGAAAAUCUUUUUAGCUUCUGUAUUUAUUUGUGUCCAUAAAAUAAUGAGUAAAAGAUAAGAAGUGUGAGUAAAUACAGACAUAUAAAAGUAAGUACAAAGUGAUGGAAAACAGAUAGAAGUACUGGAAUCUAAUGCAGUUUGUAGCCAUACUAUCAUCAUCAUCAUCAUCAUCAUCAUCAUCAUCAUCAUCACAACCACAUUUUCAAAGCACCUUUCUCCGACAUCAGCUAGACUCAAAACGUUGUACAAUAAGUGUGAACUUGAAUAGACUGUAAUCAGACCCUGGGACAUGAUAACAUGAAUAAGGAAACUAACUAUAGGAUUAAAUAAUCUAACAGUAAGGACUUUCAUUAUCUAGGGGAGAUAACAAGCUUUAACUUGAUACCAAAAGCUGGCAACAUAUUUAAUAAAAAUAUGUGCUAAAAUCAAAUAUAAGCAAUUUGAAUAGGCAAAAACACACAUCCAUAAUAUUGACAUAAAUAUGUAGAUUUCUAUAAACUACAAUACUGUAAGGUUUACUGUACU